CAAAAACUCCGAGAAAGUGAAGAGAAAACGCGAGAAAAUUUCUGCUAAAAUGGACGAAGAUGGUUAUUCGCAAUGUCCCAAACACUUUUCGAAACGCGGUUUUGUUUGCGGCGGAGGCGUUUGCCCUUAUUGUCUCCACGAACGACUCUCUUCCCUUUGCCCUGACUGUGCUCACGAUCUUCCCUGCUCGUGUAGCUCACGCGCCGCCGUGUAUUUUUCUCCGUCGUCUUCUUCGUCUUCCUCAUCGUUCUCCCUGUUCUCCGGAGAUAUUAAUUUCAACUUCUCCGGGAUCGGAUCGGUAGGGCGAGUCGCGAGUUUGAUCGAAUGCGAACCGGCGUUUCGGCGAUCGAAAUCGAUGGCGGUUCCGAUUAAACCGGAUGCGGUUAUUGAUUCCGGGUCGGGUCUAGAGUCGGAUCAUGGUAGGGGCAGGAAAACGUCAUCGUUUUGGAGGAUGUUUAUGAGAAACAGAGGAGGAGAUACGAAGCCGGCGAUCAUGAGGAAGUCGAGAUCCGUUGCGGUCGCCGGAGAAUCGAGAUUUUCGCCGGUUCCGGCGACGGUAAAAGGAAAAGGGUGGAAUUUUCCGAGCCCGAUUAAGGUUUUCCGGCAAUCGAGAGUCUCGAAGAUGAUAUUUCAACAAAGGUCUCCAUUGUACAGAGGUUGAGAUUUUCUGUUAUUUUCUUUUGGCAUAAUUUUUUGUUUUGUUUGAAGUAAUUGUUAAGAAGCUCUCUUUUUUUUUUAUUACAGUUUAUUAGUUUGAUCAUUUUCUUGUUUCUUAAGCUCUUGUAUUUAGAAAGGCAGGGAAAUAUUAAAUUCUUUUUAAUUGUCAA